AUCGUUCCGAGAGGGAGGCACCAGCGUCAUAAUCAAAGACCACACAGGUAAAGCACUGCUAUCAGCCUGGCAGGUUAUCUUUGAUGCCAAUAGUGCGGAGGAGGUUGAGGUCAUGGCCUGUUGUGAUGGGCUUGCCUUAGCAGCGGAGUGGACUCCAACAAGAAUAAUCCUGGAGUCGGACGGUAUGAUGAUGGUCCAUUACUUAUCCAAGCCGAAGACAUAAUGAUCGACGUCUCACUUCACGAUUCUAGAAGGUCUAGAGGCAGUGAAGAAGUUGUCUGAGGUAGUGUUUUGUCAUAUAAGGAGAGAGCAGAAUAGCGUAGCAGACGAGCUCGUCCAGUUAGCAAAAUGUUUAUGUCAUAAUACUGUUUGAUAGGAUCGUGUUCCUACCUGUGUUGAGAUCCUAAUAGCUCAAGAUCGUAACCCUCUUACGUAUUCGAGUGUCCGCCCAAGGGGGAGGCUUGUAGCCGGCAAUGGCGGCGGACGGGGACGGCGUGGCGCUGCAGGCGGAGCUCCGCCGGAUCGAGGGCAACGCGUGCUUCAAGAAGGCCCGCCUCGGCGCCGCCAUCGAUUGCUACACCGAGGCAAUUGCGCUUUGCCCGGACGUCGCCGUCUACUGGAUGAAUCGGGGCCUAUGCCAUUUCAGGCGCAAGGAGUGGGCCAGGGUCGAAGAGGAUAGCAGGAGGGCUCUUGCGCUUGAUGGCACUCUAGUCAAGGGGCACUAUCUUCUGGGAUGUGCGCUGCUCGAGAAGGAAGAAUUUGCUCUCGCUAUCAAGGAAUUCGAGAAGGCUCUGAAUCUUUUGAAGCCUGCAAAUUCAAUGGACAAAAUGGCAGAGGACAUUUGGCAGGUUCUUACAAACGCAAAGUACCUAGAUUGGGAAAAACAUUCCACUGAGCGUGUUUGGAAGAUGCAAAGUUUAAAGGAAGCAUGUGAAAAUGCUCUGCAGGAGCAUCACUUUCUUAGUGGUACACUUGUGGAAGACUCUGACAGGUCAAUCAAUGAGUAUUCAGAACAAAUUAAACUGCUAUCAGAGGUCUUCACUAGAGCGACACUUGCGGAUACACCAAUAGAUGUGCCUGACUACCUUUGCUGUCAGAUAACUUUCGAGAUUUUUAGAGAUCCUGUGAUCACACCCAGUGGUGUAACAUAUGAGAGGGCUGUACUUCUUGAACAUCUUCGAAAGGUGGGCAAUUUCGACCCGGUGACGCGAGAACCUUUGAAAGAGCAUCAGUUGGUUCCAAACCUGGCCAUCAAGGAAGCAGUGCAGGCUUACCUGAAAGAGCACAGCUGGGCCUACAGGUUGAAUUGAGAUCCAUGCUGUUGGUGGAGGACUGCUGAUGCUGGUAAAUGCUCGUCGAGUUGCAGUUCUAACAGGGAAUGAUUAUUGUUCGCUCGCCUUUUGUGAUGUAACCAUGUUUGUGUGUGUGUGCUAACUGUGUGUUGGGACGAGCUUAUUAGCUAGAUUGAUUGAUUUGUUCUUGUGCAACUUGUAACUGCAAGCAUUGGACAAGGGUGCAUAAACUGCACAGUACAAGCUAGACCAGUUUGACCUGAGGCUCAAACCCUGUGUGUGUAUGUACAUAAACAUUGGACAAGGGUACAUAAACACUGUGUGUGUGUGUGUGUGUGUGUGUUGACUUAGAAACUUUUUUUUUUAGGGAGAGAAAGUGUCUUUACUUGGCAACUGGUUCAGGCUAGAAUGCCCUGCUACAUUUGAUGCUAACAUUAGCUGUGUUGUAUUUUUUUUCUUUUUAGAAUUCUUUUUUAGAGGAA